UUCCCUAUUGCCCUCUUGUAGCCUUUUCUCACUCUCUCUCUCUCUGGUUUCCUUUCUUCUUCCUCUUCUCAUCUCUGCUUUCUCUAGUCUAUCUGAAAUUUCAGAACGGAGGCACGAACUCUGGGUCGCUCUCUCUGUCCUACCUGUGCAAGACUGAAACAUGGAUAUGAUGGAAGUUCUUUUCAGAAGCAUUACAUCAACCAGAAUUGUGGUACCUUGAUGAGAACAAACAGUUGAUUCUGGCAAUAUUGGAUAAUCAAAACCUUGAAAAACUUGCUUAGUGUGCCCAGAAUUUGAAUAAUGGGUUCGAAUGUAAAGCUCAUGAUUGAGGAGAAGAACAAGUUUCACGGAAAGGCGUUGUCUCUGUCAUACACAAAGACCGCCAUUACUGCAAUCAAGGAGAAGUUCAGUUCAGAGCAGUUGGAAAGGUUUAAGGGUAGUUGUUUUGGUCAUCUACUACUCAUUGAGGACCUAAAGUGGACUCCACAAAUUGUCCAUGGGCUGUUGCUAAGAAAGGUUGAUCCGAAAACAGUUAAAACCGCGAAAGGUAUUACAUUCCUGGUUGGUAAUAAGUUGAUACAAUUCACGAAGCAACAGUUUUGCCUCAUCACGGGGCUAAGGUUUGGAAACCUCCCAUUGAUUCAGAAUCCCACUAAUGAAAACUGCGCAUUGAAGAAUAAAUACUUCCCGGAGAAUAAAACUGUGAGCCUUUGGGAACUUGAAAAAGCAUUCAAGGCUUGCACUGAUAAGGAGGAUUUAUUGAAGCUUGGUUUUGUGUAUUUUGCUGUAUUUGUAUUGUUGGGUACUGCUAAAAAUGUCAACAUGGACAUGAGAUAUUUGAACUUGGUGGAAGAUCUUGAUGCGUUUGAUAAGUAUCCUUGGGGCGCUGUGUCAUAUGCAAAGACACAUGAGUCACUUUCAAGGGCACUUUAUGCGGAUUACCAUCGAGUUAAAGUACCCCAAGAAACUCAAAAGAAAGUAGAGACAACAACAAGUGGUACGAUUAGAGAGUACCAUAUUAAAGGGUUUGCAUUUGCCUUUCAGAUAUGGGCUUUUGAAGUGUUACCAGCUUUGACUCAACUGCAUUAUGUUGUGCACAAAGAAAAUUCCCUCCACCCACGCAUCUUACAUUGGAGGAGCAAUAAGUUGGCACGUUAUAACGAGCUAAUGUCUCAUAUAUACGAAAACAUUGAGGUUGAUGUGAAGUUCAUCCGUCCCAAUCAAAUUGAGAAACAAAAAGCUUAUUGGAUUUGGGGUGACGAUGAAGAGGAUGAAGAAAAUGUUGAAGUGUAUGACGACACGAAGUCCCUUGGUCAUGGUGGUGACGAUCAUGGUGAGAGUGUUGAGGAUGGGCAAGAAAAUACAGCCAUUGGCAUGGAAGAAGAUACUCAGGAAGUUCAGGAAACAUCUAACCUUCCAUCGUCUUCGAAUGGCAAUGGUAAACUCUCUUUGACCAACUUUUGUGAUUUGAAAGAGGAGUUACAAAGUACAAAGGAUGAUUUGCAAAGAGUAGCUGCUUCAAAUCGGGCGCUUAGGAAGAGAGUGUGUGACUUGGAAAGGAGGAUAGAGAGUGAGUCCUUGAAAAAUAAGAAGGCUAUUGAGGGUUUCAACAAGAUCGUUGCUUUGAUGGAACAUCAUUUUAUGUUGGUGAUGGAGGAGUUGAAAAUAGCUUAUGGUGUGUUGAAUCAACCUGUUGAAGGUCAUGAAGAACCACAUACUCUUCGGAACAAGGAAGGAAUGAAUGACGUGGCCCCCUCACAUGAGCAUAUUACUCAGACUACAAAGAUUGAAGGAGGUGAUGCAUCAAGGCAGGAGCCUAGAACCGUUGUUGCAAAGGUGGGUGUUGACAUAACCGAACCAGUGCUUUCGACUAUGAAGGGUACUAGUCCUAGCACAGAGAUUAAAGGACCCGAUGUUGCAUCAAACCCUGCUAAGAAUGCUUCCCCUGGUUAUACCCCUGAUGAUGGAGCUAAUGCCUCCGCAAGCAUGAAAGUCCAAGGGGCUAAAAUGGAAGCAAAAAAUCCUGAGAAAGAAGUUGAGCAAGAAGCAGAGAUUCUGCCUACACCUGAAGAUUUCUGGGGGUGCAAAGUCCUUUGCAAAAAACUUUUAGAGUUACUAAAGGAUUGGCAAAAGGAACCCGGAAUGGUGUUGGGUACAAGUCCGAUGAGGCCUCCGAUCGGAAGCGAUGCUACUGUAGCUGGUGAUGAAGCGAAUGUGGAAGGUAGUGUCACAAUUGAAAAACUGGAUGCGAAAGGUAAAGGGUGUAGGAAGAAGCGGCUAAUAACUGUGUUGUUGAGUCCCUAUAUCGGUCCUAUGAGGAAAAAGAGGAAGCUCACUGUUUCGGAUGGCACUGGAACCCCCACUGCUUUUAAUCCAACAAAACCCGUUCCCAUUGAGGAUGUCAAGGCUGUAAUAGACUUCUGCACCACUUGGAAAAGCAAUAUAAGUGCGGAGGUGCGGCUCGAAGCAAUGGCAGUUGGGCAAGAGUUUUUCUACAAACUCAUAAAUGAUAGCCUUUGGAUGACCUCAUCGCACCUUGACAUGGGGAUGUUUCUGAUACGCAAAAGGCAAUUUACUCAUCCGUUGGCAGUUGGAACUGACUGGACGACUGCUGAUUGUUGUCUGCAAACAUUUUUAGAACCAGUAAAAUUGCCUCCAAAAAAACGAGGAUCGAAGAAACAAGAUGUUAGGGUUACUGAGGACGCUCCACUUCAAUGCCAGGCCAAAAUCGAGCUAUAUGUGCGGGGACUUUGGAAACAUGGGUAUUCUAUACCAUGGACCAAAGUCCGCAAGGUGUAUGUCCCCUUCAAUUUUGGAGGGCGUCAUUGGGUCGCACUUGAAAUCGACUUCGUGAGGCGUACAGUCACUGUGUAUGACUCUUACGUUGAUUUUACUGCACAGAAGAAGGUGGUACAAUUUCUUAAGCCUAUUAGCCAUGCACUUGCACGUAUUCUUUAUGAUAUGCGAUUUUAUGAGAGUUCGGAGCUUCAGGAGGUCAAGAAAAUGGCGACUCAGAAGCCAAACUUUGAGGCAUGGACAAUUUGCAGGCAUGGAGAUGUUCCGCAACAAGCUGAUGGUGCUUCAUGCGGAGUUUUUGCAAUCAAAUUCAUUGAGUAUGCCAGUGCCGGGCUUCCAUGUCAUACAAUUGACCCUUCGAAGGUUGCCUAUUACCGAUUGAAACUCGCAAUAGAGGCUUUGAGGGAGGAGGCUUAUCUAUGAGGUUUGAGGCUUAGUGUUAGUACAUAUUAUGACCAUCUUUUAUCCACCUUUCAAAAAUGCAUCCUAUGUAUCAGUUAUGCGGCUUAGUGGUACAACAUGUGUUGUAUUAUAAUUGGCAUUUUGAUUUGUAUGGUGGAGGGCUAAUAUUGCAAAUGUUUUAUACUCUUUUGUAUUAUAUGACAAAUGUGCUACCUAGAAACAUUAGCUUAUGUAUGCUCUCAUCAAAAUGUACUUGUUUUGGAUUAUUUUCCUCUUAAGUGGAUGAAAGGUGGAAUCGAUGUUUUAUGAAAGGCUGUUAUGUAGGUACAA